UGAAAAUGGCCGCUUGACCGUCUUAAGCGGCUUGCUGUCAAAAUAUAAAAAUAAUUUAAAGUAGCGCGUAUGAAUAAUUUUAAUGAAAUCAAACGAAUUUUACCACGUUCUUUUGUAUUAAGAUUGGAUGAAACAAAUAAUUUUUAGCUCAGAUGUUGUAACAAUUAGCUCGCAAAGGUCAUUUACACCUUUGCAAUUCGCUUCGUGUCGUGCGUAUUGAAGCAGCACUUGUGAAUCGGUGUUUACGUCUCAGGAUGAGUGAGGAGGAUAGCGAAGGUUCGCCCGUGCGGUUCAAACGGAAAAGCAAGACUGUGGAUGUCUUAACUUCUUCAUCAGAGUCCGAUAGCGAUGAUAGCAUCGGCGUGGCGGAUACACGUAGAAAGAGGCUUCGGGUUUUAAGUGACGAGGAAUCUGCCAGCGGUAGCGACAGCUCAGUGGUAGUUGGUGGUGUCCGUAGACGUGAGCUGUAUAAACUGAGAUAUUCAGAUGAUGAGAGUGACAUUUCGGGAUGGACUACUGAUGACUCCAAUGCAGCAAAGAAGCUACCAACACCCCAAAAACCUACAGGACAAACAUCAGGAUUUGCAUCAGACAGUUCUGAAGGCAAUUCUGAUAAAUGUUCAAUCUGCCUUCUCCGCUUCAAAGACCAGGAGGUGGGCACUCCGGAGAACUGUGACCAUAUAUUUUGUGUGGACUGCAUAUCGGAAUGGGCAAAAAAUGUCAAUACAUGUCCGGUAGAUAGGAUUACGUUUAAUUCUAUAAUUGUGAAAACCCAUGCUGGUGGAAGUGUCAUAAGGUCUGAUCCCGUGAAAGUGCUGCCACGGAGACCUUCAUCAGAUAUACUUAUAGUGGAAGAUUCAACAUAUUGUGAGGUGUGUUCAAGUCCAGAUAAUGAAGAAACAAUGUUACUAUGUGAUGGUUGUGACCGUGGAUAUCACAUGCAGUGCCUCACACCACCUCUCAAUACAGUGCCUUUAUCUCAAUGGCUUUGCUCAUAUUGUCAAGAACUUCUGGAUGCUAACAACACAUCUGAUGUCGAAGACCUGGAAGCCAUCAGGUCACGAAGGUUGCGAAGAAAUUUAAGAACAGUGCCAAGAAAUUAUGACACAAUUGAAGGGCCGUCCACAUCAAAUGGUCGAAGUAAUGAACGUUUAAAUGAACCAACUACGUCUCGGGGUACGAGUACGUCUCAAAGAAGGUCCAGAUAUUCUAGAAGAUCAACAGGAACGCAACGCAGGAAACGGAAAUUAAAGACUAAUGCAGAUGGAGACAGACAAAAUAGAAAUAAAAAACUUAAGAAGCUAAAGAAGAAAAGGAGGACGAGACGGCAACCGAGAACAGCGGCUCGUCGUUCCCAUGUGAGAGCGAGUGUGAGAGCACAACUUGUCAAUUUGAAAAUUACAUCAAAUGAUGUAAGGAUCUUCUCCUCGCCAUCAGAAGCACAGAACUUGUCCAGUCUACGGCAAAGAGCUGGCAUCACUUCACUCAGUCUGUUCGGUAAUGACUACGAGCUGGACCAUUUCACAGAUGAUGAACAAGAUAAUUCUAGUGGACUGAUGACUGCCGUUAUGAGACCGACUUCUAACAUGCUGUCUGCUUACAGACAGGCAAGAAGAAAGAUGAUUUCUAUCCCAUCUCCUCCACAAACUUCAACAGCACCGGAUAUUCUAUCUAGUAUAAUAGAAAGUCAAACUUUAUUACAUUCUAAGAAUUCUAUCGUCUCCGUAUCUGUAGAUGGUAGUAUUGAUAUUAAAUUAAAAAGAAAUAAAAAAAGUAAUUUGACGAAAAAUAAUUCAAAUCCAACAAAAUCUGAUGAUAAACUUGAUUUAUCAAAAGGCGAAGACGCAUCUAAGAAAGCUCCAUCUUAUCCCGGACAGUCUCGUGGCGGUGGUUGGGGCGGAGGAUACCGUGGUAACUACCACAGGGAACAAAACUCUAAUAAUUUCAACAGAGGCAAUAAUUAUGACAAUAAUUACGGAGGCAACUAUCAAAAUCAAAGACAGGGAAAUAUGAAUUUUCAAAAUAACAUGAGGCGUGAUGAUUCCGAUAAUUUUGGUAACUACGCGAGACGGCCACCGCAAUAUUCACACAACGAUGACAACUUUUAUGACAGACAAGUACCGAAUAGAAGACAGAUUCCAAACGAUGGUAAUAGAGGCCAACAUUAUGGUCCACAUCAGAGAUUAAAUGAUCAAGGACCAGGUCGAUAUAGUUUAGGUCCAUCAUGGCAAUCUUUCCCAAUGGGAAGUGGACCACGUCCUGAUAACCCAAUAACGCACAAUAGACAUUCUUUCGGUGGAUUCGAAAACCCACUUGAUAUGCGAAUGGGACAAGCACCUUUUCCUGUUAACACAAUGAACUCAAAUAGUGAUAUGUUCUCACGCUCAGAAACCGUCGUUAAUAAAUCUCAAACUUCAGAUUAUCAGCCAUUACCGGAACCACCUAUAUUUAAUUAUUCAAAAAUUACAGAACCUGAAAAAUCUGAAGAUGAAAAAAGUGAUUCGGGCUUGGUGAUCGAUACUGAAAAAUAUGAUCCUACCGAACCUACAAAUGAUGAUGAUGAUAGUUGCGAAGAUGAUAAAGCAAUAAAGCAAUCGAAAUCAGUGUCCCUACCCGCCCUACCCGCUCUGCCCGACCUGCCAGCUCUGCCCGCCCAGCCAGCAGCGGCCGGGCACUCUCCCCCGCCCACACCCGCCGCCGUUCAAAAUAUAUUGGCGGGAAUCGAUACUAGUACAAUGAAUGUGCCUCAUAAUAUUUUAGAUAGUGCAGUUAGGCAAGUUUUAAAAGAACAUAGAAAUUUAAUAUCUUCACCUAAGUUACAAUGUAAUGUGUCUAAUAAUGAUAAAAGUGAUGACGAAUCAGAUGGUGAUUGUCCAAAUUUUUCUAUUUAUUCCGCCACAAGUGUUCACAUUGCAAAUAAUAGUAAUAACUUACCUGUAGAGGUCGCUAAAGAAGUACCGCAAGACAAUCUUGAAGACCUCGUGCAGGAGGACGAUGAUCCUCCGCCCGAAUUUACCAAAAAUGAGGCCUCAAAUACACCUGUAAUUAAUAGCAAAACAAUAACAGAUACAACAAGCAUUAGUAGUAAACCUCAUUAUUCUAGUUCAGAAAGCAGCAUUAAAAAGAAAACAGACGAAGAAUAUAAAGAGAAAGUAUCAAAAAGGUGUCCGAUAACUACUAACACGAGAAAUCCUAUUAAAAUAAAACUUAAUACACAUUCACUUAUAAAAAGACAUUUAAACUUAUACGAUGAAGAAGAAACUAAUGAAGAAACAGAGACAGUAGAUAAAGUUGAGACAGUCGAUAAAACUGAGAAAAGUGAUAAAUGUGAGACAAACGAUAAAUCAGAGACGACUGGCAAAUUUGUCUCCAUUGUCCGUGAGCCAAAGCCUGAAGACGAACCAGAAGAGAAUUUAAAUACGAACCCGGAUAAAAAUAAAGAAAAACGGGAAGAAGAGACCAAUAACCACAUAUCUAAAGACACGGCUGUUUCUGAAGACAAUAAUGAUACGGAAGCACCAACGAAAUCUCCAGAAUCUGAUAAAUUUGUCACAGAGAAAAACAAAGACAACAGUGACUCAGAAAACGCAGACAAUGCCGAAAUAAAUAGUGAAAUAGCUACAGAAGAAGUAAAAGAGUUAGACGAAGAGGCUGAGGAACUACCAACGGAACUGUUAUCAAAAGAUACAGAUGCUAACAAUAAAGAGCUUGGUAAAUCGGAUAGCGAAAAGUCUGACAACGAAGUACAUUCUGAGGAUGAAGAUUCCGACGAUGAACUCUGCCUUAAAGCUCAUUCGCCUGAAAAGGAUAGCGUCCCGGAAAAGGCAGGUGUUGAGAAAAUGACCGAGUCUAUAAGUGAAACCGAAGACGAACGUAGCUACACGCCUUGCCUCGACGAGAACAAGUCGAAAGAUACGUCGCUAGAAAACGAAAAAGAUAAGGGGAUAGAAGGUCUAGACACCGAGAUGAUAUCCGAAGACGAAGGAAACGAAAUGUUUUCUGAAAAUGAAAAAGCUCCCUCGGAAACGUCGCUCACAUCACCGGUUAGAACGCAACCGACCGCCGCUGAGGAGGAAAUAGUUUCAGUUAAGAAAAAAGAAAGCAAAGGCGAAGAUCGUGAUGAUGUUAAAAAGAAAAAGAAGAAAGAAUCUAAAAAGGAAGCCAGGGAUAAAAAUAAAAACAAACAUAAGAAAGCCGAUAUUUCCUUUAAGAAGCUUAGCAAAAGUGGUAAAGAAAGGAACUACAGAGAAAGGGAUAAGGAUGACAAGGGUAAGAAUAAAAAAGAUCGUCGCGAGUCGAGCGAAACGGCGGAAGAGAAACAAAAAAGGCGCAAAGAAAAAAGAAAAGAUUUAGAGCGAUACGACGUCCGAACUGUGGUAACGGAGAAAAGAAAAAAGUUGAAAGAUGCGUUCGGGCGAGACAUCUCUCCGCGUAUGAGGUCCACCUCGCUAUCGCCGCUCGAAGACCCCUCGCCCUCGCGAACGCGACGGUCCUUUUCCAGGAGUCGAAGAUCUGCGUCUCGAGGUCGAAAAUCAUUGUCCAGAAUAAGGAGGUCGCCGUCGAGGGGACGCAAGUCACCCUCGAGAAAUAGGCGGUCCCUCUCGCGCGCCCGAAAGUCUCCAUCCAGGAGUCGCAGAUCACCGUCCAGAAUCCGCAAGUCGCCAUCGCGCGGCCGCAGAUCGCGCUCCCUUGGAAGAAAAUCGCCUUCCAGAGGGAGGUUGUCGGUACCGAGAGUGCGCGGCUCGCCUCUCAGGGCGAGGAAUUCUCCGCUCAGAGGUCGCAGCUCUCAGCUCCGAGUGCGACGCUCGGCGUCCAGAGGUCGGCGCUCGCCGUCGUCCGUUAUACUGAGGCGCGCGCGCGUGUCUCUGUCGCCGCGCUCCGCAACGCCGCGCAUCUCCCCGCGCCGCUCGCCGUGCCGCUCGCCGCGCCGCUCGCCGGAACGCAAGCGGCGCCGCUCAGUGUCGGCUCGCCGCCGCGCCUCGCCGCGCCGUCGCCGCUCGCUGUCGCGCGGCAGGAAGCGGCGCAGGUCCGCCUCGCGCAGUCCCAAGCCGAAACCCACUAAAAAGAAGAAACGCUCGCGCUCCGAGCGACCCUCCUCCCGCCGCCGCUCGCCGCGACAAAAAUCGCCCAAGAGGAAAAAGAACAAACGCCCGACUGCCAGCCGCUCGCCCGAGCCCGCGCCGCUACGACCCGUCGCGGCAGAAUGGUCGCCGCCCUCAGUUGACUCGCGUCUGUUGUCGCCGCGCACUCCGCCGCCCGACCUCUCGCCCGACCCCUGCCAACUGAGAGUCAUCGUCGCCGCAGACGACAAGCGGAAGCGCAAGGAGAAGAGGCGGCGCGACCCCGACCGUCAGCGACACAAGCGGAUUCGCGACACCGUCGGCCCCUCCAAGGAGGUGUUCACCUCCGGGGACAACAUUCUCGUCAGCGUCAGCUUCAAAGAUCAGGAGCGGGACGAGCAGGGGGAGAAGCGCAAGCGCCGGGAGACGAAAAGAGAAAAGAGAAAGCGGAAGAGGGCGACCGUGCCGCCCGAGGCGGAGACCGCGAAGCCCGUCGCCAUCAUCGAUCUCGAGCGUUCGCCCUUCCGCGAGCUGACGCCGUCCCCGAAGAACGUCAUAGUGCUGAGCGACAGCGACCACGGCGAGAAGGAGGAGACCGAGGCUAGCGAGAGGCGGGAGGUCGGCGUCGUCCGGCCGGCGGAGGUCGAGAACACGGCCGUCGUGGAGCCCCUGCCGAGCGCACCCCCCCCUGCCGGGCCCAAGACGCCGCCCGAGCCCGAGGCGCCGCCGGAGCCCGCCGCCUCCCCGCGCUCGGCCGCCUCGCCCGCAUCACCCGCCUCCGCGGCCUCCGCGCGCUCGCCCGACGCCUACGACCCGUACGAGCCCACGCGCUCGCCCUCCGCGUCGCCCGGCGGCAGCGCGGCGGGCGGUGGCGGCGGCGGCGGCGGCGGCUCCAUGACGCUGGAGGCGGCGCAGCGCACCAACCUGUCGGCGGACGAGGUGUUGGCGCGGCGGCCGCUGUCGCCCAUGGAGAAGGUGCUGGCGCUGCUGCAGUCGACGCGCGAGGAGGCGCCGGAGCCCCCGCCCGGCCCGGAGGCGGAGGCGCCGCCGCGCGUGAUGCUGCCGGAGGCGCCGCGAGCACCGCCCAAGCUGUUCGUGGGCAAGGCGGAGCCCAUCAAGUCGCAGCCGGUGAAGCCGAUGGCGCGGCGCGAGGACGAGGCGGCGGACUCGCCCUACUCGCCGGGCUCCAGCGACUUCGGCGACCUGUUCGAGCCGCCCGCGCCCUCCGGCCCGCCCUCGCUCGCCGGCAAGCGGGACAUCUUCGACGCGCUCUUCGACAAGCCGCCCUCGAAGCUGCGCAAGAACAAAUCCUCCGCCGCCAAAGUGCCUGUUAAACUUAAUAAAAAGAAAGGAAUCAAAACUCAUGUGGGAGUCAAAAUAGACGAGGAUAACCUGAAGAUCUUGGACGACCUGCCGAGCUCAGCCGUCGAGAUGCAGGUCAAGAGCAAGUUCUUGAAGAAGCUGAACCGUCAGGAGCGUGUGGUGGAGGAGGUGAAGCUGGUGCUGAAGCCGCACUAUAACAAGAAACACGUCACCAAGGAAGAGUACAAGGACAUCCUGCGCCGCGCCGUGCCCAAGAUUUGUCACAACAAAUCGGGCGAAAUAAAUCCUACGAAGAUUCAAGCGCUAGUUGAGGCUUACGUGAAGAAGUUUAGGAAAAAACACAAACUGGGCCUGGCGUAGCGAUUGUGUCUAGUUUGUAUCAUAGUGCAGGCAGAUAAUCAGAUUUAUUGUAAUUAAUAAUUUAUGUA